AUGGGAGGGCUGCCAGAGCGCAAAAAUACCCCCCCAUGGGUGAAGGUUCCGGAUGACUUGAAGGAGCCUGAGGUGUUCCAGGUCCAGACGUGGCUGGUAGAGCCCAUUUUUGGCCAGCAUGGAUUGCGAAUCUCGUACUUUGAGCAAGUGAGCACAGUCAUGCUGGAGCUGAGGGUUCUGGAAUCCUCGAACCUUACCGAGGUGCUCGUGUACAGCUCUUUCUUGUUCAAAAUGCGGAUUCUUGAGUCUAUCAUAGAGUGGUACCACCUGCUCCAGGAGCGAGGGAUGCUCAAACUUGAGAAGCCAUGAAUUCCUUGGAAUCGGACCCUGAGAUGGAGUCAGAUUAGUCUGUGGAUCUGGGACCAGAAUGUAUCUAUCAGGCUGUGGACAAAGCUAGAGUGGGUCAGGGCUGGUUGAAAUUCUUUCCUAGCCUGAUAAAGAGAAACCAACAGACUUUCUGGACUCAGACCUUUA